CAUUGGUCGCUGCAGAUAUGCGGAUUCCUAUUGGCUGAAUCCAGGAAAAGGGGCGGGCAAUCAUAUGCGUGCGGCGGGAGUAGCUGUGCCGGGCUCCUAGCGCCCAGCCAGUCAACCCUGGAGAGAAUCCUGUCAGAGGCCGGAAGCCCUCGAAAGUCACGUGCUCCCAGGGCUGCACGAGUGAUUGGCUGGGAAGGACAUGAAUGAUGCCGCUGUGAUUGCUGAAUCGUCUGGGAAGAGUUUGGAGUCUCUCAUAAAUGACCCUGACCUGAGCAUCUGUCUGGAGAGGACGAGGCAGGGGAGGCCUGCUUUCUCUGCAAUCCAGUGAUCACAUCCCCAUCAGGAUCCCUGCAUGCCCACUUCAGGUGUCGUCAGCAUGGAAUUCUGAAGUCCAUGUGGCUCCUCACAGUAAACAAGGUCUUAAGGAAAAUGCAGAGACGCCACAGCAGUAACACGGAUAACGGUCCACCUGAAAGAAAUCGCAGCCAAGCACUCAACCCCGAGGUGAGCGUGAAUGAAGGGGGCGUCUUUGAGAGUUUGAAGGCAGAAGCCGCCUCCCCGCCAGCGCUCUUCUCUGGCCUCUCCGGCCUCCCGACAGGCAGCCUUCCCGCCGCCCCGUUCCCAUCCAGCCUGGUGCUGGGGGCCUCUGCCAGUGGUGGGGACGUGUUCCUCCAGAUGCCAGCAUCCAGAGAGGAGGGUGGAGGCCGGGGUGAGGGCGGCACCUACCACCACCGCCAGCCCCACCACCACUUUCACCACGGAGGACACCGUGGGAGCUCGCUGCUGCAGCACGUGGGCGGGGACCACCGGGCACACGCAGAUGAAGCGGGUGAUGAGCACCCCGGCACUCCUGCCCCUGCCCUGUCCGAGCUGAAGGCUGUGGUCUGCUGGCUCCAGAAAGGCCUGCCCUUCAUCCUGAUCCUCCUGACCAAACUGUGCUUCCAGCAUAAGCUCGGCAUUGCUGUGUGCAUCGGGAUGGCCACCACUUUCGCCUACGCCAACUCCACCCUCCGAGAACAGGUCUCUCUGAAGGAGAAGAGGUCGGUGCUGGUCAUCUUGUGGAUCUUGGCCUUCCUGGCGGGGAACACCCUGUAUGUGCUCUAUACGUUCAGUUCCCAGCAGCUGUACAACAGCCUCAUAUUUCUGAAGCCCAACCUGGAGACCCUAGACUUCUUCGACCUGCUGUGGAUCGUGGGGAUCGCAGACUUUGUCCUGAAGUACAUCACUAUCGCCCUCAAGUGCCUCAUCGUGGCCCUGCCUAAGAUCAUCCUGGCUGUCAAGUCGAAGGGAAAGUUCUAUCUGGUCAUCGAGGAGUUGAGCCAGCUGUUCCGAUCGCUGGUCCCCAUCCAGCUGUGGUACAAAUACAUCAUGGGUGACGACUCCUCCAACAGCCACUUUCUGGGAGGGGUCCUGAUGAUCCUCUACAGCCUCUGCAAGUCCUUCGACAUCUGUGGCCGCGUGGGUGGAGUCAGGAAAGCCCUGAAGCUUCUGUGUACCUCGCAGAAUUACGGAGUCCGGGCCACUGGGCAGCAGUGCACAGAGGCUGGUGAUAUCUGUGCCAUCUGCCAGGCCGAGUUCCGGGAGCCUCUGAUCCUUAUGUGCCAGCACGUGUUCUGUGAGGAGUGCCUCUGCCUCUGGCUGGACCGCGAGCGCACCUGCCCGCUCUGCCGCUCCGUUGCCGUGGACACCGUGCGCUGCUGGAAGGACGGGGCCACUUCGGCACACUUCCAGGUGUACUAGCACCGACACUCCGGCACGCCCAGGGAGAUGACGGAGGGUCCAUGUGGUCGGGGCCAGCUCUGGGGACUUCCUGGGAAACAGGCCGCAAGCUCUUCGUGUCCUGCCUCCCGCC